AUGGAUAUUGAAUAAGAAGAAUGUGAACUAAUAAAUUAAGCCAUGAUCUAAACAAGAUGCAAUCUUCUUGGAAUACCAAAAUAGAAUAAAACAUAAAAAGAACAAUCCAGGACAACUGAAAACAUAUACUCUCAUGAACCCUUUGAAUAAUAAUCAUCGUAACCUGAACACAUUUAAUAAUAAUUAUAAUUGAUGGAAGAAUGUUUUACAUCAUUACUUGAAAGUACAGUUCCAGAUGAAAUACUUUGUAGAGAUUAAGAAAAGGUUCUUAUUACAAGAUUUAUCGAAGAAGGAAUAAAAAAUAAUGGAUAAAAAUAAGCUUUAUGUAUAAUCAUACUCCUUAUUCAAUAGAUAUAUCAGGAGUCCCAGGAAUAGGUAAAACUGCUACAGUUUUAGAAGUUAAAAAUUAAUUACUCUCUAAAAAACUUAAUUUCGAUUUUAUCUAUUUUAAUGCCAUGAAUGUUUCAACCCCAGAAGAUAUUUAUCCAUUUCUCUAUGAAAAAAUUACUAAUAAAAAAGAAACCUCCAAAAUUAAAUCUUGUAUUCUUUUAAGUUUUUUUUAUAUCUAUAUUUUUUAGCUGAACUUUUCAAUAAUCAUUCUAAUAUGAUAUAACAAAAUAAAGUAAUCUUAUUAGAUGAAUGUGAUAACCUUUAUACUACAGAUUAAUAAGUUCUAUAUAAUUUGGUUGAUUGGCCUUAAUAACCAUCAGCUCGUUUGACUGUACUUAUGAUUGCUAAUACUAUGGAUUUUCCUGAAAGACUUAAACCUAAAUUAUAAUCCAGAUUAGGAAAUCAUAGAAUCGUUUUUAAACCCUAUAAUAGUACUUAAAUAGAAAGUAUAUUAUAAUAAAGAAUGAAAACUAAAAAAAUUAAAUAAUUGUUUGCCUCCAAUACUUUAAAUUAUUUAGGAAAAAAAAUUGCUACAAUUUCUACUGAUAUUCGCAAAACUUUAAGUGUUUGUCGAACUGCUAUUCUUUUAGCAAAAGAAUAACUCUAAAAACAAAACAUUCUUUCUCAAAUCGAAGUUGAUCACAUCAAACUAGCAUAUGAUAAAAUAUAUAAUAAACCAUAACAUAAUGCUUUAUAAUACUUUAAUGAUGAAUUAAAACUGCUCUUAAUAAUGAUUGCUCUUGAAAUUCAUGUCAAAGGAUAUAAUUAUGCAUAUUUCCAUCAAGUUAUUUAAAGACUUAAUCAAUAAAAAUAAUUAAAAAAUUAAUAAACUUUAACUUAUAAUUAAACCAAAUAUAUCUUAAUUAAAUUAGCACAAUUAAAUUUAAUUGAAAUUAAAGAAGGCCAACUUAUAUUAACUAAAACUAACUGGUAAUAAAAAUUACAAGUAUAAAUUUCAUCUCUUAUUAUUCUAGAAUAGUUUAGAUAAAGAUAGAUUAUUUAAUUUAGAUGAUAUUCUCAUUCAACUUAAAAUCAACAUUGAUGAUAUCAAAAAUGGAUUAUCAAAUGACGACCUUUUCAAAGAAUUUUCAAAUUUAUUUUGA